AUGGAGGAGAAGGCCGCAACGAGCCCGAGGAUCAGGUUGUUCGGGAUUCAAGUGUCGGAGAACGACAGCGUCUCCGGCGAGGAGAGCAGCCCCACCUCGGCGGCUUCCGGCGAAGGGAGGAAGUACGAGUGCCAGUACUGCUGCCGCGAGUUUGCGAACUCGCAGGCUUUGGGCGGACACCAGAACGCGCACAAGAAGGAGCGGCAGCACCUGAAGCGCCUUCAGCAGCAGCAGCAGCAGCAGCACCUCGCUACCUCCGGCCGCCGCUCGCCUCCCGCGGCGGGGAACUACUACUGUCAGAACAUGGCUGCGGCCUUCUCGCCGCACCUCCUCUCGCCGCAUCCUGUGGGACCCCCGGCCAACUGGGUCUACUACGGCCGCACGACCGCGCCGGUUAAUCACUGCAUCGUGCCGCGCUCUUUGCCUGCUAACUGCGCGUACGUCGGAGACGUUGGCGGCGGUAGGUUGAUCUACAGGGACGGCCAUGCGGUCGAAGGGUCUUCCGUCACUUUCGCCGGGGCGGCGCUGGAGGAGGAAGCGGCGGAGGACGCGUACGGGCUAAACCUGCGCCUUAGCUUGGCUCCUGCUGGUUCAUGA